UUUGGCAAGAAAAAGGAGGCGAAGAGCAAGGCGGAGGUGAAGGCUGCCAAGCAGAAGUUUGAGGUUCUGAGCGAGGAGGAGCUGGACAAGAUUGAGGAGAGAGUGAGGUGAGCUCACACUGUUUGGCCUGUUGCCUGUGUGUAUAUCAAUCAAUGGUCUGUCUGUCUCUGUCUUCCUGUCUGUCGGUCUGUCACUCUCUGUCUCCACACGCCAUCAUUCAAACGCCACUCUAUAACAUACAGUGGGGAAAAAAAGUAUUUAGUCAGCCACCAAUUGUGCAAGUUCUCCCACUUAAAAAGAUGAGAGGCCUGUAAUUUUCAUCAUAGGUACACGUCAACUAUGACAGACAAAAUGAGAAAAACAAUCCAGAAAAUCACAUUGUAGGAUUUUUAAUGAAUCUAUUUGCAAAUUAUGGUGGAAAAUAAGUAUUUGGUCAAUAACAAAAGAUUCUCAAUACUUUGUUAUAUACCCUUUGUUGGCAAUGACACAGGUCAAACGUUUUCUGUAAGUCUUCACAAGGUUUUCACACACUGUUUCUGGUAUUUUGGCCCAUUCCUCCAUGCAGAUCUCCUCUAGAGCAGUGAUGUUUUGGGGCUGUCGCUGGGCAACACAGACUUUCAAUUCCCUCCAAAGAUUUUCUAUGGGGUUGAGAUCUGGAGACUGGCAAGCCACUCCAGGACCUUGAAAUGCUUCUUACGAAUCCACUCCUUCGUUGCCCGGGCGGUGUGUUUGGGAUCAUUGUCAUGCUGAAAGACCCAGUCAUGUUUCAUCUUCAAUGCCCUUGCUGAUGGAAGGAGGUUUUCACUCAAAAUCUCACGAUACAUGGCCCCAUUCAUUCUUUCCUUUACACGGAUCAGUCGUCCUGGUCCCUUUGCAGAAAAACAGCCCCAAAGCAUGAUGUUUCCACCCCCAUGUUUCACAGUAGGUAUGGUGUUCUUUGGAUGCAACUCAGCAUUCUUUGUCCUCCAAACACGAUGAGUUGAGUUUUUACCAAAAAGUUAUAUUUAGGUUUCAUCUGACCAUAUGACAUUCUCCCAAUCCUCUUCUGGAUCAUCCAAAUGCACUCUAGCAAACUUCAGAUGGGCCUGGACAUGUACUGGCUUAAGCAGGGGGACACGUCUGGCACUGCAGGAUUUGAGUCCCUGGUGGCGUAGUGUGUUACUGAUGGUAGGCUUUGUUACUUUGGUCCCAGCUCUCUGCAGGUCAUUCACUAGGUCCCACUGUGUGGUUCUGGGAUUUUUGCUCACCGUUCUUGUGAUCAUUUUGACCCCACGGGGUGAGAUCUUGCGUGGAGCCCCAGAUCGAGGGAGAUUAUCAGUGGUCUUGUAUGUCUUCCAUUUCCUAAUAAUUGCUCCCACAGUUGAUUUCUUCAAACCAAGCUGCUUACCUAUUGCAGAUUCAGUCUUCCCAGCCUGGUGCAGGUCUACAAUUUUGUUUCUGGUGUCCUUUGACAGCUCUUUGGUCUUGGCCAUAGUGGAGUUUGGAGUGUGACUCUUUGAGGUUGUGGACAGGUGUCUUUUAUACUGAUAACAAGUUCAAACAGGUGCCAUUAAUACAGGUAACGAGUGGAGAACAGAGGAGCCUCUUAAAGAAGAAAUUACAGGUCUGUGAGAGCCAGAAAUCUUGCUUGUUUGUAGGUGACCAAAUACUUAUUUUCCACCUACAAUGUGAUAUUCUGGAUAUUUUUUUCUCAAUUUGUCUGUCAUAGUUGACUUGUACCUAUGAUGAAAAUUACAGGCCUCUCUCAUCUUUUUAAGUGGGAGAACUUGCACAAUUGGUGGCUGACUAAAUACUUUUUUCCCCCACUGUAUACAUAUACACAAUAUAUGCCGUUUUUUGUCCAAUCCCAUCAAGUUAAUGUGAGUUUGAUUCAGACAGUGAGUGACAGUAUCCAUCCCCUCUUAUGUUACCGACAGACAUGAUCUCCGUAACAUGGAGGUGCGGGACGGCCACGUGACCCCUGACCCCCUGCCACCCGACAUGGAGGACGACGACCAGGACCCCAACUACGCCCGCAUCAACACCUUUCGGGAGCCCCCCAAGGGCCCCUCGCCCUCCUACCUCAGCCGCACCCCUUCUCCCCAGCGGGCCCUCGGGGGACCACCCCCCGCCGGACCCUCACACAGCCGCCAGCCAUCUGCCGAGGACUUAGAGGGGCUCUAUGCCAAGGUCAACAAGCAGAGAGCCCCGCCCUCGACUUCCACGUCCCAGCUUCAGCCCCCUCUGAGCGACAGGUGAGUUGAUCCAAAAACCAGGAAAACACUCCCUCACAGUGCACUCCAAUGUAUGGCCUUGAGGUGCUAUAGUAGGUCAUAAUCCCACUAUGGGGUCAAUGGGAUUGGGCAAGCAUGGGGGGAUAUUUUGUUAUCUUUGUUGCCUUCAAAGAUGCACUUAAAAACAGAAAUAUCCAUGAUAGAUAAUGUAUUUAGGUCUAUGUUUUAUUGAAUUAUUUCACUUAUUUGACUAUAUAUUUCUAAUAUGUUGCCUCCACUUUGGUUUCGGAGAUGUUACGUGUAGGAUAACCACACACGUAUAGCUAACAACCCAACACACAGCCGUGCAUGCAUAAUUUAUGAGCAUACUGUAGCAUUUCUCAGCAUGAGUGUUUAGGGUCCGCAGACCCUCAAGCUUUGCCCGAAGCAAACAUUUAAAGUAUGCUGUUUAGAAUCAUUAAGGAGGUGUUGUCAUUUCAAAGAGAUAGAGGUAACAAACAAUCUCUACACCAGAACAAUUGUCAAAGCCUGUUCUCUCUGCUACCGCACGGCAAGCAGUACUAGUGCACCAAGUCUGGAACCAACAGGAUCCUGAACAGCUUCUACCCCCAAGCCAUAAGACUGCUAAACAAGACUGCUACAUAGCUAAUCAAAUGGCUACCCGGACUACCUGCAUUGACCCUUUUUUGCACUAACUCUCUUGCACUGACUCUGCACACACACUGGACCGUACCCACACACUCACACAUACUUACAGUGAAACCUCAACACACACACACUACAUACGCCCACACAUACAGUAGAACGCACACACAUGUAUACUGACGCCACACACACACACACACACACACACACACACACACACACACACACACACUCACCACAUAUGCUGCUGCUACUGUCUCUUUUCUACCCUGUUGCCUAGUCACUUUACCUAUAUGUGCAUAGCUACCUCAAUUACCCCGUACCGCUGCACAUCGACUCGGUACUGGUACUCCCUUUAUAUAGCCAUGUUAUUUUUUACUCGUUAUUGUUAUUCAUUAUUCACUGUGUAUUUCUUCUUCAUGUCACUAUUUACAUGUUCUUUUUCUUUUUCUUUAUCUUAACUCUGCAUUGUUAGAAAAGGACCCAUAAGUAAGCAUUUCACUGUUAGUCUACACCUGUUUACGAAGCAUAUGACAAAUAAAAUCGUAUUUUAUUUGAAAGUUAGAGAGAUACAGAGACCGAGAGGGAGGGAUGGGAAAGGAAGAGAUUGAUUGCUACGAAGGGAACGAGUCAGACAGAGAGAGGGGGAAAAAAGGGGAGGAUAAUUAGCCACAGUCUAGCAGCUUGACAGAUCAGUUAGACUCCUCCGCCGGUGUCUCCUCCGCUCUCCUCUAACUGGACACUUAAUUACUCUGUUCUUCUUUCCUCUUCUUUCUAAUUCUCCCUCUUACUUUCUCACAUUCCCUUUUUAUUUUUCUCACUCUCUCUUUCUCCCUCUCUCCUCUCCUCUCCAUGCUCGACUACAGCAGCAUGAUCUGAACGCUCCAUAUUCUACUGACAUUUGUAAUGGAUGACGAAUUCGAGCUAUCAACAGCAUAACAUGAUCAACUUAGUCUGGUUGGAAUUGACUGUAUAAUAGUUUAGUUACGCCAUAUAGUCCUGGGUUCCAACCACACACACAUUUACAGACUUACAACACACAUCUGCUUGCGAAACGCACCCAUUCAUUGAUUCAUUCAUGCAUAUGGACACACAGCUUUGCCGACACACACUCAAACCCGCUCAGUGGUUUUGCAACGAAGCCUUUUUGUAACCUAGCAACACUCCAGUCUAGAAUCCAAUGCCGCUUUUAGAGGACCAAUUUGGAUAGGGGAGAAUUAUAUUAUAUUGUGGCUUCAUUUGUGUGUCAGGUGUGUGUGUGUGUGUGUACACGUCUGUGUGUGUACGUAUGUGUGCGUACACGUGUGUGUGCAUACAGGCCUACGUGUGUGCACAUGCUCAGUAGUGGUGCCUCAUCCUCCUCCCUCACCUGUCAGAGAGGAGCAAGUUGACUCUUGGUGUGUCUACAUAAUUUAGCGCUGGAAAUGUUUUCAUUAGGACUUCGAUGGCAGGUGCGUCCAUGAAUGGGCGUCACAUUUGAUUACAGUGACACUAGGGGCUGACCUGUGUAGAAAAAAAGUUACCUACGCUUGUCAAAUAUUAUUAGAGAAAAGGUAAUCUAGUCUCUCCACAGACCAGGGAAAGGGAGGAAAAGAGGGGAGGAAAGAGGGAGCAAAGAAAAUAGUCACCUGAGGAGUUUCUUAUAAAGCCAUGUUGCUUAUGUAUCGUAUUUCAAUGUAGUUAAAUAAAGAAUAUGAACGUCAGAAUACAAAGUAUAUAGCCCUAAUCUUAGACACUAGUCCAUCUGCAACCCAUAAGGACAGUAUGCACUAGUGAUGUCAGUAGGAAAGACAGGCAGAUGGUGUGGGUUGGAGUUCUCCAGAACUAUGCUGACAGAAUCGUUGUGCACAUGCACCAUUGCCCUCUCAGCCAUCAUAAUUGCAACGUUCCUCAACAGAUGAUCAAUACAGCACCAUUUCCGUUUACUUAAACUUUCCUUUCUCCUGAAUGCAGCCCAGGUAGGUAGAAAUCAAAGCUUCUUCCUCAGUGUGUCCGGUCUUCUCUUUGAUGUGGGCAGUCAGAGACAUUCCGAGUUCCGGUGGCCAUAGUUCAUUGGCCAAGUCUCCCUAAUUAGUCCUCCUGAGGUUGGACACAUACAUACACAGGUUUGACAAACAUCCCUGAGACCAAAGGGAAUGGAAGGUUCUGAAAGUUCCGGCUCCCUCAUCCCCCCUGGAAAAGAGGGAAAAUUAAUAUCUUUACCCUUUACUGAACUUUCCACUGGCGCUCUGGGCUCCCUGGUGUCCGGCUGGCAAACAAGAGGAGAAAUUAGCUUCUGAUGACAACCUGGUCCCAUGCUCCCACGCACACACACACACACAAAUAAUGGAAAAUGGCGCCGACAGAGAGGGCUGCCUUGCUUCUAGCUUUUAGGAAACUUUGCAGCAUUUUGUUUUUUUAUGUAUUAUUUAUUCCGUUAUUAGCCCAGAAAAUUGUUUGUGUUAUUACAUACAGCCGGGAAGAACUAUUGGAUAUCAAAGUGGCGGUAACUCACCAGCACUACCAGCAUUACGACCAGGAAUAAGACUUUCCCGAAGCGGAUCCUUUGUUCGCACCCCCCAGGGCAAUUGAACUGAUUCCAGAGGCCGACCCAAAAACAACGCCGGAGGAGAGGUACUCGGAGUGGUCUUCUAGUCUGACUUAGGAGGCGUGCACACCACCCACCGCUUCCGAGUAUAUUAUUCGCUAAUGUUCAGUCUCUGGAUAACGACGGCCCUCAAAGAACUUCAUUGGACUUUAUGCAAACUGGAAACCACAUAUCCUGAGGCUGCAUUUAUUGUAGCUGGGGAUUUUAACAAAGCAAAUUUGAGGAAAAGGUUGCUUAAGUUCUAUCAACACAUCGACUGUAGUUACUCACGCUGCUAAAACACUCAACCACUGCUACUCCAACUUCCAGGAUGCAUACAAGGCCCUCCCCCGCCCUCCUUUUGGCAAAUCUGACCACGACUCCAUUUUGGCAGAAUACAAACAGUGUAGUUAUUCCCUCCGCAAGGCAAUCAAACAGGCAAAACAUCGCAUUUCAACGGCUCAGACAAGAGACGUAUGUGGCAGGGUCUACAGACAAUCACGGACUACAAAGGGAAAACCAGCCACAUCGUGGACACCGACGUCUUGCUUCCGGACAAGCUAAACACCUUCUUCGCCCGCUUUGAGGAUAGUACAGUGCCACUGACGCGGCCCGCUACCAAGGACUGUGAGCUCUCCUUCUCCGUGGCCGACGUGAGUAAGACAUUUAAACGUGUUAACCCUCGCAAGGCUGCCGGGCCAGGUGGCAUCUCUAGCCGCGUCCUCAGAGCAUGAGCAGACCAGCUGGCUGGUGUGUUUACGGACAUAUUCAAUCUCUCCCUAUCCAAGUCUGCUGUCCCCACAUGCUUCAUACUGGCCACCAUUGUCCCUGUACCCAAGAAAGCAAAGGUAACUGAACUAAAUGACUAUCGCCCCGUAGCACUCACUUCUGUCAUCAUGAAGUGCUUUUAGAGACUAAUCAAGGAUCAUAUCACCUCUACCUUACCUGCCACCCUAGACCCACUUCAAUUUGCUUACCGCCCCAAUAGAUCCACAGACGAUGCAAUCGCAAUCACACUGCACACUGCCCUUUCCCAUCUGGACAAGAGGAAUACCUAUGUAAGAAUGCUGUUCAUUGACUAUAGCUCAGCAUUCAACACCAUAGUACCCUCCAAGCUCAUCAUUAAGCUCGAGGCCCUGGGUCUGAACCCCGCCCUGUGCAACUGGGUCCUGGACUUCCUGACGGGCCGCCCCCAGGUGGUGAAGGUAGGAAACAACACCUCCACUUUGCUGAUCCUCGACACUGAGGCCCCACAAGGGUGCGUGCUCAGCCCCCUCCUGUACUCCCUGUUCACCCAUGACUGCGUGGCCAAGCACGCCUCCAACUCAAUAAUCAAGUUUGCAGACAACACAACAGUAGUAGGCUUGAUUUUCCAACAAUGACGAGACAGCCUACAGGGAGGAGGUGAGGGCUCUGGGAGUGUAGUGCCAGGAAAAUAACCUCUCACUCAACAUGAACAAAACAAAGGAGAUGAUCAGGAAACAGCAGAGGGAACACCCCCCUAUCCACAUCGACGGGACCGCAGUGGAGAAGGUGGAAAGCUUCAAGUUCCUUGGCGUACACAUCACUUACAAACUGAAAUGGUCCACCCACACAGACAGUGUGGUGAACAGCUCCUCUUCAACCUCAGGAGGCUGAAGAAAUUUGGCUUGGCACCUAAAACCCUCACAAACCUUUACAGAUGCACAAUUGAGAGCAUCCUGUCGGACUGUAUCACCGCCUGGUAUGGCAACUGCACCGCCCGCAACCGCAGGGCUCUCCAGAGAGUGGUGCGGUCUGCCCAACGCAUCACCGGGGGCAAACAACCAGCCCUCCAGGACACCUACAGCACCCGAUGUCACAGGAAGGCCAAAAAGAUAAUCAAGGACAACAACCACCCGAGCCACUGCAUGUUCACCCCGCUAUCAUCCAGAAGGCGAGGUCAAUACAGGUGCAUCAAAGCUGGGACCGAGAGACUGAAACACAGCUUCUAUCUCAAGGCCAUCAGACUGUUAAAUAUCCUUCACUAGCACAUUAGAGGCUGCUGCUUAUAUACAUAGAUUAGAAAUCACUGACCACUUUAAUAAAUGGAAUACUAGUCACUUUAAUAAUGUUUACAUAUCUUGCAUUACUCAUCUCAUAUGUAUAUACUUUAUUCUAUACUGUUCUAUUGUAUCUUAGUCUAUGCCGCUCUGACAUUGCUCGUCCAUAUAUUUAUUAAUUCCAUUGCUUUACUUAGAUUUGUGUGUAUUGGGUAUAUGUUGUGACAUUGUUAGAUAUUACUUGUUAGAUAUUACUGUACUGUCGGAGCUAGAAACACAAGCAUUUCGCUACACCCGCAAUAACAUCUGCUAAACAUGUGUAUGUGACCAAUAAUUUGAUUUGAUUUGAUUUUGACAUAGACACACACACGUGCCUGCAUAGACAUGGUGCAGGUGGGUGGAUCUGACCUCUAAGGCCAGCUGAAUCACCAGUUCUGUACCCAAGAGAACUUCUCAGUAAUCUUAGUAUUUACCGAAUGUCUGCUUUCUGCCCAAAGUGUAUGCUUAAUGGAGAUCUAACCUCCCACAGUAUUCUGUUAAACUGUUGAGGAAAGUAAAGAACCCUCUGCCCAGUGCCCACUAGGGUUGAAUAUUUUCCCGGUAUUUUACAAAUGUUCCAUCCCGAGAAUAAAUCACUUUCCUCCCGGGUAACCCGGUAUUUCCCGCCAAAACCGGAAGUGCUAUUCAAAAGCAUUAUAAAGCAUAUUAAUAGGCCUAUGUCCGGAUUUGAUUAGAGCUUUGAUCGAAAAUUCAAGCCUGAUGCUACCUGAGCCUGAUGAGCCAUACAUUAAAUACAUUUUAUGAGCCCUACAUUAAAGACAUUUAAUGAGGCCAAGCCCAAAAAAGGCCAAAUGAUUGUGCCGUUAUCCAAUACAUACAGUGGGGAGAACAAGUAUUUGAUACACUGGCGAUUUUGCAGGUUUUCCUACUUACAAAGCAUGUUCUCCCCACUGUAUAUGAUAUAGGCUACUACAUAUUACACACAACAGAAAAACAGAAAAGGCCAUAGAUGUAGCUAGCUAUAUGCUCUCUUGGGUAAAUAAAUGAAACUAGAUCUACGUGCAUUGUGAACUGCGCUCCAUACUGAGAUGGGCGGUCUGUCCCCACCCUCAGCGUUGAUUCAUCAUGCAGAGGCCGUAGAGAUGCCAGAUUUAGACAUUGCAUAUAAUUUAACAGUUCCAUUGCAUGCCAUGCUGUUCAUAUACAUAAUUUAUUAUAAUUUAUCGGUUUCUUGCAGUUAUUUAUCCUAGGAAAAGGGAGUGGUUUUGGGCGGUAAAUCUCGGUAACCGGGUUCCUGCCAUUCAACCCUAGUGCCCACUACCUUCUCUCUCUCCCCCUUGAUACUUCAAAGUACUUUCAGUAGCAGUUCCUAUAGGUGCACUGAAUUGUUAGGAAUUUAAAACUAGUCAAGGUGUGGAGAAAUGCUGGAUGCAAGAGCAAUAUAUUUAAGUGUCUUAUUAAACAAAAAUGUGGCACAGGGGCACCAAAACUACACUUCUGCAAGGUUCGUAAUAAUCUGUCACCCUAUACAUCACGUGUCAAACUCAUUACACGGAGGGCCUAGUGUCUGCAGGUUUUCACUCCACCCUUGUAGUUGAUGGAUGAAUUAAGAUCACUAAUUAGUAAGGAACUCCCCUCAACUGGUUGUCUAGGUCUUAAUUGAAAGGGAAAAUCAAAACCCGCAGACACUCGGCCCUCCGUGGAAUGAGGUUGACACCCCUGCUCAGGAGGGAAGGGCGGACCUAAGUACUCUUCCUUAUCUGUUCGUUGUUUCAUCCUUCCGUGCCUAGUUCCAAAACGUUCAAUCACGGCUGAGACCUGGGGGUUUAAUAGACUAUACUAUAUAUUCUUAAUCGCUUAAGGACACCCAUGGCCGAUUUUAUGGCUCAGGGGCCCAGAUACCAAUUACUAAGACUUGCUUUACGGUAACCUCUGACCUUAGAGAGGGUACCUAGAGACCAAAUUCCAAUAGGGAAUAAUCAUCAAAAUAGGGUUCUUAACAGAAUGAAUGGGGAGUCAUUUAGUAGGAAUGUGCUGAACCUUUACAUGGGCUGCGUCUAAAAUGGCACCCUAUUCCCUAAAAGUAGUGCACGACAUAGUGCAGGGCUGCUCAACCCUGUUCCUGGAAAGCUACCCUCCUGUAGGUUUUCACUCUAUCCCCAGUUGCAAUUAACAUGAGCUUAUCAACCAGUUAAUUGUUAGAAUCAGGUGUGCUAGAUUAGGGUUGGAGCAAAAACCUACAGGAGGGUAGCUUUCCAGGAACAGGGUUGAGCAGCCCUGCACUAUGUCGUGCACUACUUUUAGGGAAUAUGGUGCCAUUUUGCACUUACCCAUGAUCUCUCUUCUGAGAAAGAAUGUCAUGACUUGCUGCCCUGCAGUUUCAGCACAAGGCCUAAUAGUAUUUAUUUAUUUAUGCAACACUGAUAUCUGGAGGGUCUCCGAUGUGCCGGGGAACUUAGCUACAUCAUUAUAGUAAUUAGAAUGUUUUUUCAUUACGAGAGACGACAUGCACGCUCAAUCAAGAUGGCAGCCCUAAUGACGGUCCGAGGACUGCAUUAAUGGGUUUUUGAAAAUGUGUUCGUUCUCUGCUCUGUAUGUCCCUGCUCAGCUGCUGUAGCUACUGAGGUAGGAGGGGGGGGGGGGAUUUGAUGGGUGAAAGGAAUGGUCCAUAUUUUAAACAUCCUCACAUUAAACAGUGAAGUCCUCAAUUUCAAAACAAACAACAUCAACGAUGAUAUGUGAAGAACGAGGGUCUGUCUUAUUUUAGGGCCGAGUCCUAAUUUGGACCUUCUUGUAAAUUGUGCAUUUAAAUCAAUGGAAGAAUUGGGUGAGAUAUCGAGUUACGUGUCUACAUUUCAAAUUGGUAUUGGGCCUUGAGUGGUGUUAGCUGCAGGGUAUUGGGCCCUGAGUGGUGUUAGCUGUAGGGUAUUGGGCCCUGAGUGGUGUUAGCUGUAGGGUAUUGGGCCCUGAGUGGUGUUAGCUGCAGGGUAUUGGGGCCUGAGUGGUGUUAGCUGCAGGGUAUUGUGUUUGUCUGUGUGUCCGUUUGAUUGUGUGGCAGGUGAGGGACUGCAGCUCUGUCUGUCUGUACCUCUGUGUAUCAGGCUGGGCUGGGUUGGGUAGAGAGAGAGAGAGUCUGCAUAUCAAUCGAUGUCUGCCUCUGUCUGUCCCCAUUGCCUGGAGGUAGGAUGAAUUAGAACAACACAUACACAUACCUCUUGUCAGCGCACCACCAGAGCACCAGCCAGGCCUGCUAAUUAAGGCCAUGGUCGUUAAAGGAACUUUUAGCAUGUGUGCCUGUGCUGGUUCCCCUCUAAUGAAGCUCUCACUCCUGCCCAGAAUCAAUGCCUGCCGUGGGUCACAUCAUUAGUAUGAGUGGGAGAGGUUGGGAGUCUAGUUUGUUUGUGCAUUUCGUGGGUGUGUGUGAGUGUGUACAUAAAUUAGUAUAUUUGCGCGUGUGUGUGGGUUAGCAAAUUUUGCUCUUUCUCGCUCUCGCUCUAUCUCAUCUUAUAUUGGUCUGUAGUCUCUUUCCAUGUCAUACACAGUACAACAUUUUGCAUAGGGUUUGUAUAUGGUUCCUGUGUUAUAUGGUUCAUGUGUCUGCCUGUGAUUUUAUCGGAACUCUUUCUCUCUCUUUAUUUCUCUCUCUUUCUCUCAGUGAGCGUGUCCAGAAGCUCAGGAGAGAGCUCCAGCAGGCCCGUGCUGCGCCCGCCUACGAAGAGCUAGAGGUCACCCGCCGCAGAGCCCUCGACUACGACCCACCC